UCAGUCCGUGUCGUGUUCUCCGAGGACGAUUAAGAGUCGAGCAAACAAAACAAGGCUGAUAGAAAGGUUGCUGGUAGCUAGCUGGCCCUUAGGGUUGUUGAUCUGCGAAGCCCCUGGCCGCUCGAGGGGAUGAAGGUCGGGCGGUGAGCGUGCGGAGCGGCGAGAUGAGCACGUUCGAGGACUUCCGCAAGGUGUGGGAGCAGCGGUUCCCCGGCAGCGAGCUGCCCUCCGACUGGGUGGCCGACGUCCGAGCCAACCUGAGCAAGCACAAGCAGAAGGUGCGUGCCCUGCAGGACGAGCUGGACCGCGAGCAGACGUACGUCGAGUACCUGGAGCGGCUGCUGCGCGAGCGGCACGAACCCGAGUCGAACGGCGAGGCCGUCGAGGAGCAGCAGCCGCAGCCCAAGAAGGAGCUGAUGCCCGAGGACGCCGCCCUCAAGAUCAUCUGCGAACUGUCCCGCACCCUGGCUAAGAUCGAGAACGGAGAUGCCGACGAGCAGCCCGAGGAGACGGUCAAGAAGGGGCGCGCUAUGUCCGACGCCUCGCACUACGUCACCGUCAUCGAGGUCAACGAGGCCGACCCGAGGGCCUUGCGAAAGGCCCAAAGCGUAAUCGAGGGUGAGAAGCCCAAAAAGGUGCCGCCCAAGCCCCCACCUAAGACUUUCCGCAUGGACAUUAAAGCAUUUGAAAACGAAUGCAACGAGGAGGAAGACGGCCCUGUCGAGGCCGAGGAGACUGAAGAGGAGGCGACGACGCGGCAGCUAGUGGAGGCGGCCGACCUGAUCGCCGCCUCCGUUAAAGACGAGGACGAUGGCAGCUCCAGUAAAUCUGCAAACGUGGAUGAGCCGUUGUACGACCAGGUGCCGAUGGACGCGGAGGGCGACUACGUAUACCUGGCGACGAUGGCGGCCGGCCUGGACAGGAAGGGCCACGAGAGCGGCGGCAGCAUGAGCGACCUGGACGGCGAGGCGACGAUGAAGUCGCGCGCCUCGGGCACCAGUGCUUGCAGUUCGGAAACGGGCACCACCGACACCGACCCUGGCAUCCUCACCUCCAGUCCUGGCUCGCCCUGCAUCUCGAACUACGUCAACAUCGACUAUUUCAUCAAGCAAAAUAAUGCGGAGGCCAUGGAGAGGACCGGGACCGGAGGCAGCAGGAGGAACGACUCGGCUGAAUCGGACGAGGACGUGCCACCUUUGAUGCGCACCAUCUCGCAUGAUACGGAGGACGCCGAGGACGGCCGUGAAAAGUACGCCAGCAACUCGUCUCUCGACGUCGUUGCCCCCAGCAACUGGCGGCCUGAGUCAAAGGCUUCGAGCAGGGACACGACCUCAACCAGCCGCUCAAAUGUGUCUAACGAGAAGUCAUCGACCAGAAAGUGCAUUAUAGCCAAUAUUAUAGAGAGCGAAACGGCCUUCCUUGGAGGUCUCGGCGCUCUGUACCAGUACAUGAAGGCGGUGAAGGCAACUCUGGGCACGUCGCAGCCUGUGAUCUCGCAAUCUGACUUCAACACGAUUUUCUUCAAAGUGCCUGAGCUGUACAACAUGCACAGAAAGUUCUUAGACGGUCUCAAGCGGUCUUAUGAGUCUGAUUCGGAAAUCCCGUGCGUCGGCGAGCACUUCAAGAGUCUGGCAUUGCAAAUCAAUGAGUACGGCGCGUUCCUGCACAACUACGGCCGGGCGACGGACGCUGUUCGCAAGUGCGUUCAGAACAGCUCGCAGUUUGCUCAAAUCAUGCACAGCAUCCCUGUGCGCAGCGAACGCGGCAGGAUGAACGAGCAGAAGGCGUCCCUGGAGGACCUGCUGCACAAGCCGGUGGCGCGAAUCCAGAAAAACGCGUUGGUGCUGAACGACCUGAUCAAGUACACACCGGAAACCAACCCUGACCACCAGACCCUGGGCGAGGCCCUGGCCAUGAACCAGUCUUUCCUGGAUGAAUUCAACAUGAUCCAGACCAAAUCGAUGUUUCCGUCGGCUGACCGUGCUCAGAGGCGGCUAGUGAAAAACUCUUUCAUUGUCGAGCUGGCUGACGGACACAGGAAGCUGAGGCACCUGUUCCUCUUCAACGACGUCAUCGCGUGUGCCAAAUACAAGGCUAGUGGACGGGACAAAUUCACAUUUGAACUGAAGUGGUACAUUCCUCUGAGCGACAUCUUGGUAUACGACGAGUUUGCGGCUGAGCCGAAGGAAGCGUCUCCGGCAAGCAUCGUGGCGCUCAAGUCGGCGGCCUGCACCGUUCGAGACCAAAUUCUCUGGCAGGAACGGCAGCUGGAUGUCAAGAGGCACGGGGCGCGUGCCGAGAAGCAGCGGAAGAAGCUGGCCGAUUUGGAGGCGCAGCUGGUGCUGGCGUCGCCAAACUUGGUCUUCAGGGUGGGACAGCGAAACCAGCGCUCCUACACUUUCUUCUUGUCCUCUGAGUUUGAACGCACGCAGUGGAUCGACGCCAUUCAGGCGAUGCAGACGAGUCAGUUUCCUGGUCCGAGCACGCCUGUCGGGAUGAACGAGCUGCAGGCGUGGAUCACGGCGUGCCGCACUUUCUUGAAAACGGACAUGGGUUCGUACCUGCUGCGGUCAGGGCGGGAUGAGAGUCUGCUGCUGGGCGACCUGCACGUCAAGGUGUGCCGGCUGCGUGGACUUGAAGCGCCGGCCAACCUCCUCGUCUGCCUUGAAGUCGACAGCUACGGACACUACUUCAAAAAGGCAAGGACAAAGCUAGUGUGCGGCUCGGCAUCGCCGGUUUGGGACGAGGAAUUCGUCGUAGAGCUGGAAGGGUCUCAAAAUUUAAGGGUGCUUUUGUACGAGGAGACCGGACCGAGGGCCGUGCUGAGAGGAAGGGCCACUCAGAUGCUGAGCCACUCUUGGCUCGGAAGGCAGUCCAGUCUGCGCACCGUGUCAAUGCAGAACUACGAACUCGACCUUAUGGUGCGGUUUGUGCCGAGCGAGGAAACUUUGCGUCGCGUCCCGACGGCAAAGGUCUCUGGCCUUUUUGGAGCCAAAAUUCAACAAGUCUGCAAGAGACAAAAACGUCCGGUGCCAUUCAUAAUCACGAGCUGUGUUCGCGAAGUUGAGCGUCGAGGAAUGGACGAAGUUGGGAUCUACAGGGUGUCCGGCUCAGCGUCGGACCUGAGCAAGCUGAAGAAGUCUUUUGAGACAAACUCGUACGAAGCGGAGCAGCUGUUGAAAGAAGUGGACAUUCACUCGGUGACGGGCAUCCUGAAGCUGUACCUGAGGGAGCUGCCUGAGGCGCUGUUCACGGACGCCCUUUAUCCCAAAUUGUUUGAAAUCAUCAACAGUUCGGAGAUGGACGCGUCGUCCAAGCGACAAAAUCUGAUCACCAUGUUCCGGCAGCUCUCCUCGCAGAAUCAGCAAAUCGUUCUUUUCCUCCUGGCGCACAUGUCCAAGGUGAACCAGCAGGAGCACGUGAACAAGAUGUCGUUGCACAACUUGGCGACGGUGUUCGGGCCGACGCUGCUGCGGCCGUGCUCCAACUCGAACCAGCAGCACCGCGACCCGCUGGCCGCGGGCACGGUGGACGUAAUGGCGCAGGCUGGUAUCCUCUACCAAUAUUUGCAGUGCUUCGUCAGCGGCGAGCUGCGCACCCUGAUGCCGCCGCCGCCCGGCCUGCCCUCCCAGCGCAGCUAACCCUACAAACGGAAGAGACGAAACAAUAUUCCUCACAGGGAUCAAGACACGUAACAAACGCCAAGCACGCCAAAUGCCUUGUUUUUGCUACUUUCCAGAAGUCCUUGGCGCCGAAAACACAGACAGACACACAUUCUUAUUUUAUUUUUAUAUAUUUAAUAGAUUAAACAGACUCUGGUCGCGUCGCCGAUCGUAGUUUUUCAUAGGGCAGCCAUCCAACGAGUAUGCAUAGGCCAUAUUUUUUCCACCCCUCCCCUCCCCUCCCCUUACCCUCUACCCACCCCAUCCAUCCAGCUAGUGCAGCGUAGCAAUUUAUAUACGAAUAUACACAUAUUUUGGAAUAGUUAUUAUCUCUGUUGGUGGUGUGUGAAAAUUUUUAAUUUUCUAGUCAAUAGAGAGAUGAUACCCGCUUAAGUGUUUUACAGGCAACUCUUGUAUCACGAUUCCAAUCGAUUGAAUAAUAAAACGACGUAGGAUCAGGUUCUGAAAAGGGCUCUAUCA